GUCACUUCCGGAAAGGAGGGCGGAAGCCGGUACCGGGCAGGAUGUCCCGGAGAUUGAGGAGUCUUCGAGCAGAACGAUGUGGAGGGAUCAAUGUACAUGAGGAGAGGAGGUGAAGACACACCGGGAGCUGAGAACACAUGGAUUCCCUGGACACGAUGCUAAGCGAUCCCCUGGACCUGGGGCCCUGCCUGACCAGCAAUGGGACGGGGAUUAUGGAGCCGUGCUUACUUGGAGGAACAAGAGUCAGUCUUCCAGAGGAUUUGCUGGAGGAUCCUGAACUCUUCUUUGAUGUGGUCAGCAUGGACACCUGGAAGAACGUCUUAUCGGACUCACAGCGGGAGCACCUCAGCCAGUUUCUUCCAUCCUUUCCUGAGAACAACUCGGAACAGCAGGAGCAGGUGGUCCGUUCCCUCUUCAGGGGGGAAAACUUCCGCUUUGGAAAUCCUCUGCACACGGCCCAAAAGCUCUUCAGGGAUGGUCACCUGAACCCGGAGGUGGUGAAGUAUCGACAGCUGUGUCUCAAGUCUCAGUAUAAGCGAUACCUGACAUCUCAGCAGCAGUAUUUCCACAACUUACUGAAGCAAAUCCUGGCAUCCAGGCAGGAACUUUUAGAUGUUGCAAGGAAGAAAGGUCCAGACCUGGUGCUGAAGAGGAAGCUAGCCUCCCUGCGGAACUCCCCAGAGGAAAGAGAGCGGCGGGCACAGCGGCGUUACCUGAAGAUCCUGCGAGAGGUGAAGGAGGAGUGUGGGGAUGCUACUCUGUCCUCAGAGGAGGAAGAUUUGAGCUCUUGGUUACCGGGGUCACCCACCCAGUUGCCUGGAGCUGCUGUUCCUCUCCGCUCAGUCCAGACACUCUCCACUCAGGACAUGAAGACCGCAGACAAAGUUGAACUGACAGAGCGUGACUUAAAGCUGUUGUUGCGAAAACACCGGGAGAAGAGAAAACAUCAACCGGAUCAUCCGGAUCUCAUGACGGAUGACGUGACCAUGAAUGAUAUCAUGACUCGGGUUAAUGCUGGCAGAAAGAAUUCUCUGGCAGCCCUCUUUGAUUUGGCUACUAUGAAGAGAAGAGUGAAGGAGCGAGAUGAAAGGAAAAAGAAGAAGAUGAAACCUAUUAAGACAGAGCCAGAUGAUUACCCAGAAGUCCCCGAAGAAACGGACAUGAUGCCAGCGCUGAUGCCCAGUGACCAGUCUGUUCCCACCCCUUUGACUGUAGUAAAGGAGGAACCCAUGGAUGAUGUGAAGCCGCCACUAAUGUUCAAUGAGAUCUCGGCCAGCUUCUUCACGCUGUUACUGGAUAUCCUCAUGGUGGAGGGCCCCUCCAGUCUCAUGCUGUUGGAGGAUAAGGUGUCGCACUGGCAGUCAUCGCCCGCAAGCACCCUGAACAGCUGGUUCUCUGCGGUCCCUAACUGGUGUGACCUGGUCCAUUCUGCACUCCUGUAUCUCAGUGGGGACAGUAAAGGAACAUUGUCUGGCUUCACUCCGUAUGUGGAAUUCAAGGAGAAGACGCAGCAGUGGAGAUGCCUAGGUCCCCCCAGCGACUUGGAGAAGGAGCUUGUGGCUUUAUUUCACCUUUGGUUGGAGACAAAGGAUCAUAUAUUAUCCAAGGAGAUUGAGGAGAGCGUUGACACCGGAACACCGGUCCCCAGAGUGAGGACCGAUUACAUUGUGAGGCCUAGUUCUGGUGAUGAGAAGCGAAUCUUCCAGGAGCAGGAACGUCACCGCUAUCUGCAGCCCCACAAAGCCUUCACGUUCCGCAUGCAUGGAUUCGAUUCGGUUGUUGGGCCAGUGAAGGGCGUCUUUGACAAGGAGACAUCACUCAACAAAGCACGAGAGCAUUCCCUGCUGCGCUCUGACCGGCCGGCUUAUGUCACCAUCUUGUCUCUUGUGCGAGAUGCUGCUGCCCGACUGCCUAAUGGAGAAGGGACACGUGCGGAAAUCUGUGAGCUGCUUAAAGACUCCCAGUUUCUGGCCCCAGAUGUCACUAGUGCUCAGGUUAAUACCGUGGUGAGUGGUGCUCUGGACCGACUGCACUAUGAGAAAGAUCCCUGUGUGAAAUAUGACAUUGGCCGAAAGCUAUGGAUCUACCUCCACCGAGACCGCAGCGAGGAAGAGUUUGAGAGGAUCCACCAGGCGCAGGCAGCAGCGGCCAAAGCCAAGAAAGCGCUGCAGCAGAAGCCGAAGACGCCAUCAAAGAUUAAGUCAAGCAGCAAGGAGUUUUCUGUGAAGAGUGGUGGUACCCCAGAACCGGGGCCCCUGACCCUGAGCGAGUGCAGCAUGCCCCCUACCCCAGGCACUCCUAGCACCCCAACAACCCCGGCACUUCCAACAACACCGUUGUCUCCCUCCACAUCUGCAGCCGUCAGCAAAAUUGUUGCUAGCAGCGUCCCAGAGCCUCCAAAAUCCAGCCCGAGCGUUCUUCUGGUAUCUUCUCCAACAAUACCUCAGCUGAGCACAUUGCUGACUCCCCCUGUGACUAGCCAGGUGACCACUGUGACUCCGGGACCUGUGAGAACCCCCCUCUCCACCGCCCCAGCAAUCCCCCAGGUGCGAAUUGUGACCACUCCCGCUCCAGUCACUCCUGCCCCCCCACCUGCCAUUGUGUCUCAGCCACUCUCCCCAGUGGUGUCUCACAUCAGGUUGCCGGUCACAUCCUCCACCACAAAGGGGUUAACACAGGUUGUGACAAUGCCUGUAAAGACAUCUGCUGCUGCCCCCCGUCUUGGGACCUCACUAACCAAUCAUGCUGGAAUUACUGUGACCACCUUUUCCUCAUCAACGGUGGUCGCUUCUAAGCCGGUUGUCAGUUCUCCUGCUGGGUCUGCUCCAGCCAUACUGCAGAGUAUCACCGGCCAAAGCAUCCUCAAACAGGUGGCGCUGUCUGGACAACUUGGCAUGAAGUCCCAGUCAGCCUCUAGUCUUCCUCUGUCAACCACCAAUCUCCGGAUACAGGGCAAGGAUGUAUUGCGUCUUCCUCCAUCUUCCAUCACCACUGAUGCUAAGGGUCAGACUAUUUUACGUAUUACACCUGACAUGAUGGCCACAUUGGCCAAAUCCCAGGUAACAGCCGUGAAGUUGUCACAAGAACUUUUUUCUGCCAACCCGGCGACCAGCUCCAGUAAAGGACUCCUCCAGAUGACGUCAAACCCCUCCUCCCCUUCUCCCCCAGCUCCAGCUACCAUCAAAGUCACCCCAGAGGUUAAACCAGUGGAGGCAAGUAGCUCUGGAUUUAGACUGAUGCCAGCACUGGGGGUGUCUGUAGCUGAUCAGAAGAGCAAAACCACAACCAGUGCGGACACUAAACCAGCCACCACCAUACGGAUCGUACAAGGACUCGGCGUCAUCCCUCCAAAGGCUGCAGCCACACAGAGUAUUACUGUCACUGCCAAACCAGUACCUGUGGUGUCCUCCGCUGUGGUCAGCCCUGUUCAUACCGCUACAACUGUAAGCCUAACGCCUGCCGCAUCAAAACCAACUGGAGUCACUGUGGGAACUGCAGCCGCCACUGUAAGGCAAAUUCCAGUCACAACAACUCAGCAGGGAAAGCUUCCAGCUAGGAUCACUGUGCCACUGUCUGUGCUUAGUCAGCCCAUGAAGGGGAAGAGCGUGGUGGCUGCGCCAAUUAUCAAAGGCAACUUAGGAGCCAAUAUAAGUGGACUUGGACGGAAUAUAAUCCUGACCACGGUGCCAGCUGGUACCAAGCUCAUCGCUGGUAACAAACCUGUCAGCUUCCUGACCACUCAGCAACUGCAACAGCUCCAGCAGCAAGGACAGGCCACUCAGGUGCGUAUUCAGACAGUCCCCGCCUCCCAUUUGCAGCCGGCCUCCUCUGCAGCUUCCAAGGCGGUAUCCACCGUUGUAGUGACCACCACCCCUCCCCCUAAGCCAGCGACAGAGCCUCAAUGACUGGCGGGGGACACCAAGACAUCAGUGUUCAUGGGACGACACCACAAGUCCUGAGGGUGAGCAAUAGAUCGUGUGCUCUGUGGCCCCAGAUGUCACGGCACAGACUAUUCCUGGCACCAUAACAGAAGAGCUAUAGCCGGUGAUGUUCCUGGUAAGAAGGCGUCGGGCUGAGGGAUUGUACAAUUCCUGGUGAACUCUGCUGCAGCCAAAAUGCGUGUUUGGACUUUGUUUUUUAUGCUGUAACAGCAAAUGGUGAAAAAAAAAUGUAAUAUAUAUAUAUUUGCCUUUUGCUUGUAAAUGUAAAAUAUAUUUAAGAAUCAAUGAAAAGGUUUUGUGGAGUUUAUACUGUGAAAGCAGUGAGGUGUGUACCCCUUAGAGCGGGCUUUUUGGGCAUGCAGGGAAUUUUAGUUUUCGCAAUAGUUGGAGGCACAUUGGUUGGGAAACA